GAGACCAAAUCACCCUCGCAUCAAAACUGUCUCAGUGUUCUUUCAGUUACCCACAGAUUUUACAUAGACUAGAAUAUGGCUAUUUGUUUUCAUGCCUGCGUCACUGUGCUCAUUUUACGUUUACAGUUUGCAUGCCUCUAUAAAACAACACAAAACUCUCUAUGCUGUAGUUGUGCGCCUUUCAGACAAAACUGUGGUUACCAAGAGGCCUUUCCGCCCCAUACACGCUCAGAGCUGUGUUCUUCAAACCACCAAGUUACAGGAAGAGACGCACGCAUGUGCAACUUGUCCAAUGCUGUCAAACUACGGAGCUGAAAGACAAAUCAAGUGUUUCAUACUCGGGAAAGAACAUUCUUUGUGACUCGACAAUUAACGGAAUUGAUGAUUGUGCACAAGAUGGAAAGGAGUUGUCAUUAAGCUAUAGCUACUACGAUGUUAAAAUGUGAAGUACAAGAAAAGUCCACCAAUUCAGCUGGGGAAGUCCCAAGGAAAUCCCCUAGCGGAAUUAUUAUUUCGACAGCUUUUCUCAGACAAGACAUGAGGCUGAGCCAACGAACACCAAUUCGAAGACGGUACAAACAAAAUACUACCUUAUAUUUAUGGAAUAGAGUAGACGUUUUGCUUGUAGCAAAACUUCUGUAAAGCGAUUGUUUACGGAGCGGCUGAAUCCGAAGAAGACGAAGCGCGUACCAUGACUAACAUCCCAGUGGAUAACGAUGCACUGAAAGCAAAGAUAAGGAGUUGUUCUGUAUUGACAACGUUUUACCAUGAAACGCAAAGGGAAAUUGCUAAUUUAAGUCAACAGCUGUAUUCUCGGGACAAUGUAAUAUCUGAUUUGAAAGCAAGACUUGGGAAAUACGAAAGGACUUACAUUAAUGUCGAAGGAGAAGAACCUGUGGCGAUUGGACCUUCAAAAUCACUUUUGGAGAGCUUAUGCAAGGAAAUAUGCAAACUAAAACAAAAAUUAAAGGAGUCAGAGACAGAAGGAAACCAACAGUUGGAAGCAAGCAAACUAGAGAUUGAGGGCCUUCAGCGCCAGGUGAGGGAAAAAGAGGAGGAGCUGGAAAGAGCGGCCCAGAGGACAGAUCAGGACCAGCAGCGGGAGAUCCAGCGCCUCUGCGCGGCCCUGGCCGAGAGGGACCGAGUGCAGGCGACGCGCGCCGUCCUCUGCAACUCCCUGGCCGAGGAGGCCGACCAUCUGAGAGGCCAGCUGGGGGCCACGGUGAAGGUCUGCCAGGAUCUGUUGGGCCGCCUGGAGAGGGAGAAGAAGAGAGGAACCCUGGCUGAGGAGCCACAGGUCACCACACAGAAAGAGGAAUCGGCAGAGGCAGCACGUCUGAACGAUUUGGUUGUCAAACUACAGGAGGAGAACCAGCAGCUCAAAAAGAGAGUGGCCUAUGUAGAGAAUCUCAACGCAAAAUGGCAGAAGUACGACUCGAGCCGAGAGGAGUAUGUGAGAGGCCUGUGUCAGAGGCUGAAGGAGUCCACCCUGCUGGUCGCUGGCAGCCCCGCGACCAGACCAGGCCUCAUCGGGCACGGGUUGGGUCUGGCCUCGGCCGGCCCUGGCCUCUUUCAGCAGGAGAUUAGCAGACUAAACAACCUCCUGGAAGAGAAGAUGAGGGACUGUGAGAGGUUGGCUAGGGAGAAGGACGAUGUCCUCCAAAGGGACCAGGAACGCACCCAAAUGCUUGAGCAGCAGGUACUUGCAUAUAUUGAGGACUUCAAGUCAGAGCGGGCUGAUCGAGAAAGAGCUCAAGGGAAGAUUUUAGACCUUCAAGAGGAGGUGGGCCGCCUCCAGCUGCAAAUCCGUAGUCAGAAUACAAGAGAAGCACCCAAGACCUGCCGAAUCCAUGUUGGCCGUAAGAAAUCUCCGCAUAUGGAUGCCGUGACUGAACCGCUGCUCGGGAACAGCCCCGAUCAGCCGACGUCUAAACGCAACGUGGCUCACACGACACCUAGCCCUUCAGGGACUGCUGAGGGCAAUGGAGCAGGGGACCUGCAGUGCCCAUACUGUUUCAGGACCUAUGAUGGCACACACACGACCGAGUACAUGAAACACCUGGACGAGUGUGCCCGGUUGUGACAGAAAACUCGGCUCACUAUCCUUGUGACUGGAGGUGUCUCACGUACCUGUAGCACCCAUUGACAACAGCAAAGCACUACAGAGCAGAGGUCAGCGGAAGGGCCAAACUGACAGCUUCCUGUGAAUCGCAGCUAUACUGGAAUGGUGCCUUGAUAAGGAUUCAUACCUAAAUGCAAAAACGUAAAAGUCUAUUUCCUUGGAUUUUUAUGAAUGGGAAGCCUGGAUAAGUGUUGUGCUGUGUCUGGUCAGUGUCGACAAGUUUAUUUCCAAAGGAUGCUGCAUGUCAAAGACAUCAGAUACAACUGAAUAUAUACCUCAGUUUGAUAUUUUGUUUAUCCCAUAGGUGGUAAACUUUUGCACUUUUUUGCUCAUUUACUAUUAUUUGCCAAAAUGGUUGAAAGCACAAUUUAAUAUUCUAGUGUGUUCAGAAAUGCAUAAGCUUUGGAUAGAAUUCAGAAUAUGAUUAAUACUAUAUAUUACAUUGUCUUAUUAUGGUGCUAUUAAUGUUCUUCUGCUAUAAGUAUGUAUGAUAUUUUGGUUUGUAAAAAAACGCGAUAAUUAGAUAUCUUCUGUCAAAGGUGAAUGCCGAAUUUUAUAGUAAAUUAUUGAAAUAUGUAUCAGUGUUAUACUGGAUUUAGUGAAACGUAUCAGUAUACUGAAGUGUAAUGAAUACAGAUUUUUGUAAUUCACACGCACGAGUACAUUUUCACGCCACAGGCAUCACGUUUCCUUUUAGUCUUGUGAUCUGAUCUACUGUAAAGAUUUAAAUACCAUCUUAGAAUGAUAAUAGUACAUGAUUUUUAGAGUCAGCUCUCACACUUGUUUCACACUUUAAUGUCAUAGUUCACCAUGUCUGUGAACAUCCUAUUUUCAGUUUAACUUCCUUCAUCUAAAAUAUUUGGGAGAAUUUUCCAUGCAUAGGUUUAUUUUUUUUAAAUAAAACACCAUUAUUUGAUGCGCUUGAUGUGUGUGA